CGAGGUGGACGUGUUUACCGGAAUUGUGCGAACACGGAAACUACGUAACGGUAGAAAGUUUCGUGAAUAUUUGAAGUUGCUUUUAAUUUUUCACUUUAAUUUGAUACCGAUGUUUCCGCUGCUGUGAAACGACUUUGCGUGUGUUUAUAAAAUAAGUUCGCAUUCAAAGACUUGAAAUGGAUUGCAGCUCGGUGCAGAAUACAUUCUUGUUUAUUUUGCUCGCUUUAUUAGUAGGUCAAGGUGAUGGUAGAUGGAAGAAAUCUAAUCGAGAAAUGCUUCAGCAUGAUGUGAAACUAUUUAAGAAAAUGACUGAAAGAAUAAAAGAAGAACUUGGGGCAUCUUACGAAGACUUCUCUGAUGAACAUUUUGCGGAUUAUUUUAUCGAAGAGAUAGAUUAUUUGCAAAGCAAAAUUGAGAGAAACUUGAAAAGGAAAACAACAGAAACACGUAAAGAAUUUGACUAUCCAAAUGUUGAUUACUCAAAUAAUGUAAAUUAUCCACCGCACCACUUCACUGAAGACGCUUUGCAAAAUAUACAAGCUUCAGCGAAAAAUGUAACACUUGAAAAUAGAAAUUUCGAAUGGCCUAGCUUUGAAGACAUUUUGACUGAAAUGGGUAAGAAAUACGAUUGGAAAAAUGAUAGAUGGAUCAAAGUUAAAGCUAAAAUAAAGGAUAAAAAUUACACUAAGCCCACGAACUCUAAAAAUAAUAUAGUACACAUAAAACACAAUUUUAGAUAUAAAAUUGUGAAAUUAAAUAGGGCAAAGAGUAAAAGAAAUAUCGUGGUCGCAGUUACAGCUGUUAGAUAGAUUAUUAUGAACGUUCGUAAAUUGCUUAAGCUUAUUGUCGGUUCUGUAUUUUAUAAACUAUAAGGGACCAAUCAGACAAAAACUGAUGAUUUAUUUUAAUGAAAUAAUUAAUAACUGUACGGGCUAUAUAUAAGUAUGUGUUUGGCUUAAACCAGUAUAAUGUUAGUAAUUAGUUACACAAUAAUAAAAAAUACAAACCGUUUGUGACAAAAAGUUAGGAAGUCUUUUGUUGUUGAUAUUAAUUAUACAAUACUUAGUGUUUCUUGGAUAAUCGAACCAUUGUUAAAAUCAAUAAAGAUAAGCU